AUGCCGCUAGCAAUGUUGCUUACAUGGAGCAUUUUCUUGGUCUCUUUAGCUGCUGCUCAGCCUGCUAAGAAACAUCACACUCGUGCGCUGGCUUCUGGUGAGCGCGAUGUUAUUGUCUACGACCCAUCAGUCUCUUCUGCCACUCGAGUGCGGGAGGUCAUUGUUUGGGUGAAUGACGCUGGUGAGCCUCUAACUACGGCCACGGAGAACGUUUUGCUUUUGCCCACAAGUUUGGCGCCGGACGCUACCUCUAAUGCAUCUACCAAUACCGAAAUGACUCCUUGCCCUACGCAGACUUUGACUGUGGCGGGUUAUGAUAGCCCCUCAUCGGCUGGUCAGAGACAGAAUAUCACUCGUCCUGUUUCACAGCAGGCAAUAGAUCCCGUCAUCACGGGUAUCCCGCAGAGUCAUGAAACUGGAAAGCCGGUAAAUGGAUCUGGAGGACCUCCUUCAACCUCAGAGUUAUUCGGCGUUUCAUACGCGCCGUAUCGGGCUGAUCACAGCUGUAAGUCUCAGCAGGAUAUCAACAACGACUUCAGCCAGCUCAAACAAUCCUAUUCCCUUGUACGAGUCUAUGGCACGGACUGUGAUCAGGUACCGAUGGUGUAUUCCGCGGCCAAGGCACAUGGAAUGCAGCUCUUCUUGGGCAUUUGGGAUCCUCACUAUGUUGAAGACGAGGCCAACAAGAUUAUCUCUGGGAUUGACGGGGACUGGGAUGUGGUACAUACCGUCAGCGUUGGAAACGAGUUGGUCAACAAUGGCGAGGCAGCUCCUCAGGAAAUCAUUCAUUCAAUGACCAAGGCACGAUCUAUCCUUCGCGCAGCAGGCUUCCAAGGUCCCGUUGUAGCUGUUGACACUUUCACAGCGGUUUUAGCCAACCCAGAGUUGUGUAAAGCAUCAGACUAUUGUGCUAUCAAUGCACAUGCCUUUUUCGACAGCACGAUUGCUGCCCACCAAUCCGGGAUGUGGUUGGAAAACACUAUUUCCAGAGUUCAGUCCGCUAUCUCUGGAAACAAAAAGGUCGUCGUCACUGAAACUGGCUGGCCAACGAAGGGUGUUGCGAAUGGGCUGGCGGUUCCCAGCUUAGAGAACCAGAAAGUGGCUUUGGAUGCCAUUAGAGAAAAAUUCGCCGAUAAUCCAGGAGACGUGAUUCUAUUCUCUGCAUUCAACGACCUGUGGAAAAAGAAGGAGAUGACCACUUUCAAUUCUGACCAGUUUUGGGGUAUCAACGGCGCAGUUUCUUCAUGUGAUCAAUAG